GAAAUACUCGAAAAUCCGAAAUACCCGAUCCGAACCCGAACGGGUACCCGAACGCCCACCCCUAUAAAAGGGCAUGGAGAUAUCUUUUUGCAGCAUUUCCAUUUUGGUAAAUCCAAUAAGUGAAAAGGUGUAAUAAUUAGCAAUUUGGGGGUUAGCUUUUCGAUUUUGCAAGCAAAGCUACGUCUCUUUUCUUUUUGUACAUCCCGAGUCACUCAAACGACGGGCAUAAUAUCAACGAAAGUAAAAUAGUAUAAUUAACAACUGUCCAAAUAAGUACGCCGGACAUAUUCAACGGAUCGAAGGCCAACCGACUAAAAGAUAUAAGACUAUCUCUAAUGAUUUACUUUAUUUUUACUCUAAAAUAAAUUAACUUUAUAAUAGAGUUUGAAUUUGUUCCAAUAAUAUUAUAAUGGAAAGAAAAAAUAAAUUAUUUUUUAUUUGAAACAAACCUAUUUUUCACUCUAUUAUAAAUGAUAAAUAGAAUAUCAUUAUAGUAUUUUUACUCUAAAUUUUAUUUUAGAAUAAAAAAUAAAGUGGGGCUAGAGAUGCCUUAAUUAUAAUUGUGGAUGUAAGUGUACUAAAAAAGGUGGCAUUUGCCUCUAUAAAAAAAUUAAAUUCUUUUUAAUAUAUUCAAAUUUUAGUAUUUUUCUUAUUAAAAUUACAUUUAACUUUAAAUUUUAUAUUUAUAUGUGAUAAUUUUUUCUAAAAUUUUAUAUUAUAUCUACCACUAUUUAUUUACUAACACCGGAUAAAUCCAGUUCUUAGUAAUAUGAAUUAGAUAUUUAUAUUGUCUAGUUACAUAAGUCUAAAACUGCAAAUUAUGAAUCCGGAAAAAGAUGUAAAUGUAAAUUUUCUUUAUCGUAAUUAUUUUCAAUGUGAGUUCUAGUAAUUUUUAUGUCAGUUCUUAGUUCUUAGAGCUUUCUUGUUAUUUCCCAACUUACGAAUUAAUUUUUGUUUUUUGAAUAAUAUUAUUAGAAAAAAUGAUCCAUUAUUAUGUUGCUUUACUGUAAAAUUUAUACCAUAAAAUGCAAAAACUUUUUACAUUUUAAAAAAUACAAAUAUAUUCUAGAAUACUGGUUAGUUCAUUGUUGUAUAAAAAAUCGUUUUGUUUUCAUUAACUGUUUUUAUUUCUUUAAAAUCUCGUAAUUUGGCAUACUCGAGAUGAGAAUCUUAACGAGGGUUCCAAUUUUACGCACCUAAAAAUUGGAACCUAUGAGCAUAAUUCCUGCAAACGCAUCCAUUAAUACAGUGGGCCAUCUUCACGAUCCACCGCACAAAUAUAAAUAUGCACACAUACAUAACCAUAUAAUAUCCUGUCGACGAAGACGUGUGAAUGCAGAAAAUAUAAAUUAUACUACUGAUGUAAAACUGUUUCAAUGUAGUAUAUUUUUGUACCGAUUCAUUUGAUCUAGUAACUAUUACUUUAUUUUAUCUAGUGCACGUCCAUAAAUAAAUGAAAGAGUCUUGGCUGCCUAGAUAUAAAUCCAACACCAAGCUACAUUUAUGUUAACCGAAUUAAACCAAGUCUUAGUUUUUACUUUUUAGAGUAUAAAGUUGAAACACGAGAUGGAAAUUAGUUACUGUAUAUCGUUUCAAAGUUAUUAGAGUUGUGAGUGUCAGUGUUGUGAUUUAUGAAUCUAAUGUGACGUUCAAAAAAAAAAAAAAGAAUACACUAAAUGCAUAUAUUUGAAAGUUUAGUUUGUAUAAAAUUUUAAACUCAAAAACAUAUAAGUUUCAUAACAAAAAUGUUUUAAAUAUAAUUAAUCCUAAAACCGGCUUGAGGAUUCUCAAGGACCCUUGAAUUGCUUGGUCGGUCCAUCUUGAUCUCUAUCCAUAUAAUUUAUGUUAUAUAUGAUAUGCGUGUACACACAUAUGCUAAAGCUAGUGUUGAUUUUAUUUAAGAUAAAAAUAUUAUAAUAAUACAAGCAAUAUACCUUCAGGUCAAGAGAAAUGAUAUUUAUUAUUACCCAUUGAAAAAGACUCAUUUGAUCGAGAGAGAAAAAGAAUCUAUCAUAUGAACCAAAAAAGCAUCUUUCUAUCUUUUCAAAUGCUUGCUUCCUUCAAAUCCUCUAGCUCCUCCUCCGAAGAUGCCACCGAGAAUCCUCCUCCUCCUCCUCCGUUAUGCCUCGCCUCAUCUUCUGCCGCAACAUCCGCCGCUCAUCACCUCCGUCGUCUACUAUUCACAGCUGCGGAUUUCAUCUCUCAGUCCAACGUCUCCGCCGCUCAAAACAUACUCUCAAUCCUCUCCUCAAACUCUUCCCCUUACGGGGACUCCACGGAGCGGCUCGUCCAUCUCUUCACCAAAGCCUUGUCCGUACGGAUCGGCUUGUCUGAAAACACUGCCACGUGGACAGCGAACGAAAUGGCUUCUAGCUCCACGGUUUUUACAAGCAGUGUAUGCAAAGAACAGUUCUUGUUUCGAACCAAGAACAACAACAACUCUGAUCUCGAGUCUUGUUACUAUCUUUGGCUGAACCAACUAACACCGUUUAUUCGGUUCAGCCAUUUAACGGCGAACCAAGCGAUCCUCGACGCGACUGAGACAAACAACGGUAACGGAGCUUUACAUAUACUUGACUUAGAUAUAUCACAAGGACUUCAAUGGCCUCCGUUGAUGCAAGCCCUAGCCGAGAGAUCAUCAUCAAACCCUAGCAGUACUCCACCUCCUUCCCUCCGCAUAACCGGAUGUGGUCGAGACGUAACCGUAUUAAACCGAACCGGAGAUCGGUUAACCCGGUUUGCUAACUCUCUAGGUCUUCAGUUUCAGUUUCACACGCUUGUGAUCGCUGAAGAAGACCUCGCCGGACUUUUGCUUCAGAUCAGAUUAUUAGCUCUCUCCGCCGUACAAGGAGAGUCCAUCGCCGUCAACUGCGUCCACUUCCUUCACAGAUUCUUUAACGACGACGGAGACAUGAUCGGUCACUUCCUGUCGGCGAUCAAGAGCUUAAACCCUAGAAUCGUGACAAUGGCGGAGAGAGAAGCGAACCAUGGAGAUCCUUCGUUCUUGACUAGAUUCUCAGAGGCUUUAGAUCAUUUCAUGGCGAUAUUUGAUUCGUUGGAAGCGACUUUGCCGCCAAACAGCAGAGAGAGGCUAACCCUAGAGCAACGGUGGUUCGGUAUGGAGAUUUUGGAUGUUGUGGCGGCGGAAGCGGCGGAGAGAAAGCAAAGACAUCGGAGGUUUGAGGUUUGGGAGGAGAUGAUGAAGAGACAUGGCUUUGCUAACGUGCCAAUAGGAAGCUUUGCUUUCUCUCAAGCUAAGCUUCUGCUUAGACUCCAUUAUCCUUCAGAAGGUUAUAAUCUUCAGUUUCUCAACGACUCUUUGUUUCUUGGAUGGAAAAAUCGUCUUCUCUUCUCCGUUUCAUCGUGGAAAUGAUUUAGUAGAGAGAGAAGAAACCUAAACUUAGGUUUAGUAGAGAAAAAAAAUAUCUGAUAUUUUUUGGUGUUAGGGCAAACAAAAAAAUGAUUUUACAGAUGACGUCGGUGGACGGUGGCUCCGGCGAUGAUUGUCGACGGUGGAGGAAUCUUGGGAUGUGUGUCCUUUUUUGUUUCUUGGGAAGCUGAAACAAAGAGACAACCUAAUCUUUUGUGUUCAACCUACUAAUAUCUAUUUUUUCAAACUCAAUCUUAGGUGUAUCGGUUUAACAUAUAUAAUCCCAUUUUGUCUCUUUUCUUUUUCAUUUUAUUUGGUUAUUUUAGUCGAUCCACUCGGGUAUUAGUUGCAUUUUUAUGAUUUAUUAUAUGCAUCCACUUAUCAGAUCCAAAUGUAUUUUGUAUUUUAUAUUUUCUAUAUUAAUAUAUGAUGGUGAUGAUAAGUGUUUAUGGUAUUGUUCAAAAGAAAGAUUGUAAUGGUAGGUGAGAGUUAUAUAAACUAUUUGGUUGAAAUUGUCCGAUUUAAAUUAGUCACGUCAUAGUUAUAAAAUUAAAGACCUUAAAAUUUGUGGAAAUGGCCUUAUAUUUGAACUCAACCGGUUUAAUAAUAUAAUCAGCACGAAAGAGUUGUUAAUCUGUCUCUUCAAUCUUUUGAGAGAUUCCAC